CGACGACAUAGGCGUAGUGUUUGUGCAUCGGUGGUGAUUUUGAUUUUCAGUUGAGGGGGGGAGGGGGUUGUUGUCGUUGGUGGUGGUGCACCCUAAGUGACCGUGGCAGCUGAGCACGAGGCAGAGGAAUCCCCAACCGGGCGGUUGAUCCGAUCUGAGGGGGGGUAACGUGAGAAGAGCGCAUAACUGGGGCAAGCAGACGAUCAUGAAGGCUGCAGCCGAGCUAAAAAGCUUCCAGAAUCGAGGUCGCGAAGCGAUAUAAACAAAGAAAGAAAGAAAGAAAGAAAGAAAGAAAGAAAGAAAGAAAGAAAGAAAGAAAGAAAGAAAGAUAAGAGGCGUUGACAAGGCAGUUGGGAGCGUAUGUUGUCAUGUCGCCAUGCUGUCCAGAAAGGGGCUCAUUCCGGAGGACUACCUGCUGACGCGCUUGGCCGAGGACGUCCAGCAGCCUAAGUUCAGAUCGAAAGCCAGGAAAGCCCGCUUCGUGGCCAAGAACGGCGCCUGCAAUGUGGCGCACACCAACAUCCGCGAGCAGGGUCGCUUCCUGCAGGACGUCUUCACCACCCUGGUGGACCUGAAAUGGCUCCACACGCUCAUCAUCUUCACCAUGUCGUUCCUGUGCAGCUGGCUCCUGUUCGGCAUGAUGUGGUGGCUCAUCGCCUUCGCGCACGGCGACUUGGACCGGCAGGCGGGCGACUCGGUGCCGUGCGUCACGGACAUCCGCUCCUUCUCCUCCGCCUUCCUCUUCUCCAUCGAGGUGCAGGUGACCAUCGGCUUCGGGGCGAGGAUGGUGACGGAGGAGUGCUUGUCCGCCAUCGUCGUGCUGAUCGCGCAGAACAUCGUGGGACUGCUCAUCAACGCCAUCAUGCUGGGCUGCAUCUUCAUGAAGACGGCGCAGGCGCACCGGCGCGCCGAGACGCUCAUCUUCAGCAAGCACGCCGUCAUUUCGGUGCGGAACAAUAAACUUUGCUUCAUGGUGCGGAUCGGCGACCUGAGGAAGAGCAUGAUCAUUAGCGCCACCGUGCGGAUGCAGGUGGUCAGGAGAACCACGACCGAGGAGGGCGAGGUGCUGCCGCUGGACCAGAUCGACAUCCACAUGGACAACCCGGUGGGCACGAACGGGGUCUUCCUAGUGUCGCCGCUCAUCAUCUGCCACGUCAUCGACAAGGACAGCCCCCUGUACGGCAUGUCCGCCGCGGACCUGCAGCACGACGACGUGGAGGUCAUCGUGGUCCUGGAGGGCGUGGUGGAGACCACCGGCAUCACCACGCAGGCCAGGACCUCUUACGUGUCCGAGGAGAUCCUGUGGGGCCAGCGGUUCGUGCCCACCGUGUCCGAGGAGGACGGCAUGUACGCGGUGGACUACUCCAAGUUCGGCAACACGCAGAAGGUUCCCACGCCGUGCUGCAGCGCCAGGAAACUGGACGAGGCGGGCGGCAUCGCCAGGUUUAAACUCAACGAGGGCGUCACCUUGCGGCCGUCGGUGAGAAGGCGGCGGGGGGCGGCCAGCGUGGCCCGGCGCUCCAGAUUGGAUAGCCGAUGACGAUUGGAGCUCAGUCCGAACCGGUUUCGAGUCAAUUCGGCGUUCGUCGCAUGGUAACAACUUACACCUCAAGCUACCUAGCCACUUUACUUUCCAGCAAGGUAUCGAAAAGGGGUGUGCAAACUUUUGGAGUCAAGAGUCACAGGCCUUUCUUUUCUUUUCUUUUUUUUGUCUCGAACACGACAGUUAUUAAGUUAAAAAAAAAAGUGUACUUAAAAUAGUUUGCUUGAAUUUUUACUAAUUCUGCAUCACAUUUCAAUUUUAUCCUCAAUUAAUUCAGAAACAAUAAAAUAGAUUAAAAAUUGUUAAUUGUACAGUAGCUCCAAUGUGUGCAUCAAAUUGUUUUUUUUUAAAUAAUGAUCAUUUUCUUUAUUACUUAGGACUAAUUUAAUUACCAUUGUCCAACCAAACAUUUAAGGUUUGAAGUAUCAUAAUGCCCGGUGGGCCGGAUGACAGAACAGAGCAGUUCUGUCUGUCAUAUCAUUCGUGUCAUAGUGUUAUUGCCCAAUUCACGUUUUCAUUGUUUUUGGAAAAAGAAGAAGAAAAUACAAAUUCAUCAAACAAGAUGAGUGCAGUUGCCUUGGUAAAUCGAUGGAAUUUUAUUAAUGGCCGCCGUGAUGUUAGGUUAAUAACAACUUGGACAAUCAUGCGAAAUAGGCAAAUUUUAUUUUGCCCAUCCCUGUUCUUGAAGCACACUCAUGACACAUCAAUUUAUUUUUCAAAAUGUCUUAUUUAAUAUCAGUAGCAAGUUCAACAGCACACUGUGUUGUUUAUUUGUAUGUUGCUCACCACACAAAGACCAGACCACCACACCUAUAUAUAAGGGGGUUCACAAACCGGGUUAAACCUCUGGAGCUAGCAAAGUGGGGUCAGUGCCUUGUUGAAGGGAACAUCAACAGUGGACCGGAAGCAGACUAUAGCUUCAUGCCAACAACCGGUUGCCAUUUCACAUAUUUGCCUGCAGCUGGAAUUGAACCUGGCCCCUCUGGUUGCAAAGCACAAGUCCUUACAGAUGAUACUGAACCUCGCACCAAGUACAGAGCUGACUAAGGCAAGAGGAGGGUGGGUGGAUAAAAUCUCUCCGAGGAAGAACCCUUGUACAGACUUAAGACUCAGCGUGGGGCGGGUGUCUGCCUCAACCAGUUGGGUGACAAGAGGGACAAUCGGCAGAGCGAGAGAGAGAGAGAGAGAGAGAGAGAAGAGAAGAUAAAAGAGGAAUUGCAACAGGGUUAAGGAAGCAGCUUGUACUGUACUCAAUGUAUUAGCAAUAAUGGUGAUAAGCAGUAUUCAUGGUGUUAGUACUACUAAAUCAAUUGUAAAAUUCUUGCUGUUCUUAGUUGAACUUCUGGAAGCAGAGGUACUUAAUGCUGGGGGGGGGGGGUAUUGUGAUACUACACAAAUUCUGACAUCGAAACUGAAAAACAAGAACAUGUACUAAGUUUAACUGUAGGAGUCCAAGUGGAAAUGGCAUUAGCGCAGAGUAACAGAGAACUGCAAUAUCGAUGAACUGGAAGAGGUCGAAACAUUUUCUCAGCGAUCUUCAUGAGGGGGCCGGAUUGGAUUUCAUACUUCAAAGGAUUCCCACUCAUAUUUCAGUGCACCACGCACAUACACGACCUACUCGUGCAGGGUAACGCGUAUCAAGUCAGCAAUCGUGAU